UUUCCCCCUUUCACACUUCUGUCGUACUGUUCCAAACACAGCCUUGGUAUUCAUGGCGCCUUCCUGUCCCAGCUCCCUCUCUCCGUUCCUUCUCUCUCGCGCUUCCAACCAUUUUCACUGAAUGUAUUCUCCGACAGAGUUCUCGAGAAGUUUCCAUCUUUCAUAUUUGCUGAAACUUUUUACCAUUUUUGACUGUUCGUCGUUUUUGGUGUAAGCAAAAGAGCAGGCAUGGGACUUGGGGCGGUUCAAUUCGUUCGAAGGCUGAAUUCCAGCCUUCUUAAUUUGCUCCUGUUGUUUCUCUGCCUCCAUGAAUCUUGCUGUAGUCCAAUGCAUUACCUGAAAAGUUUAAUGACAAUGGAAACAAAUACAGGCCCUUUUCUGCCUGAAAUUUCCCCAAGCGCAGCUCCUGGGCCCCUUUUGCCCGUUCUUGCACCUUCACCACUGGCACCAUUCACAAAUAGCACUAUACCUAAAUUGUCAGGACUAUGUAUAUUCGACUUUGCUGCCAUUGACAGUAUGAUGAGUAUGACAUCAAUUGAUUGCCUAGGUGUAUUUGCACCAUUUCUAGCUAAUGUAAUCUGUUGCCCUCAGUUGGAAGCCACUUUAGCAGUUCUUGUAGGCCAAUCUAGCAAACAUACCAAUGUGCUUGCUGUGAAUGGGACACUAGCAAACCAUUGCCUAUCAGAUAUUGAGCAGAUUCUGGUUGGUCAGGGUGCUAGUGAUAGUCUGCAACAAAUAUGCUCACUGCAUUCUUCAAACCUCACUGCAGGUUCUUGCCCAGUCAAAGAUGUUUAUGACUUUGAGAGCACAGUGAAUGUUACAGAGCUCCUUGACGCCUGUAAAAAGAUUGAUCCUGUGAAUGAAUGCUGUAAUGAAAUUUGUCAGAAUGCUAUAUCAGAAUCUGCUGAAAAGCUUGCGUUAAAAGCCUAUGGUCUUUUGGGCAUGGAUGGGUCUCGCACCGUUUCUGACCAGUCAACUAGAAUUAAUCACUGUAAAGUUAUAGUACACAGAUGGUUGGCACGUAAACUUGAUCCUUAUCAUGCAAAGGACAUUCUUAGAGGUCUAUCCAAUUGCAAAGUCAACAAAGUUUGCCCUUUGGUUUUUCCCAGCAUGAGUCAUGUAACCAAGAGCUGUGGAGAUAGCAUGAGGAACCAGACAGCUUGUUGCAAUGCAAUGGAGAGCUAUGUUUCUCACUUGCAAAAACAGAGUUUUACGACAAACUUACAAGCUUUAAAUUGUGCUGCAUUUCUUGGCAUGAAACUACAGAAAGCAAAUAUUACUGAAAAUGUCUAUAACAUCUGUCACAUUAGCCUGAAGGAUUUUUCACUUCAAGCUGGAAUUCAAGAAUCUGGAUGCCUUUUGCCAAGUUUGCCGUCCGAUGCAACAUUUGACAGAUAUUCAGGAAUCAGCUUCCUUUGUGAUUUGAAUGACAACAUUCCUGCUCCUUGGCCCUCUACUUCACAGAUACCAGCUUCUUCAUGCAAUAAAACAAUCAAAUUGCCUGCACUUCCUGCUGCAGCAUCUGGGCAAAGUGGUCUCUACGAUGCAGAUUCGCGGGCUUGGCUGCUCUUUGCGGUGGCGGCAGCUCUCAUGGUUGUCCUGUAAAUUCCAGUUGAGACAAAAAUUGACGGAACUUGAGUUUCUCAGGCCUUGCAGAAGAACAAGUAAGAAUUAGUUGAAGUUAGAUGAAGGAAGCUCUCACCCCCUUCAAUCCAACAGAGUUACAGACCAAGGUAAAUCUAAGUUUGAGCUCAUCAUCACCCUCUAUUCAUCAUUCAUGCAAGCUUCCUACAAUAAAAUCUGUAUAGCAGCUUUAAGAAAAUCUAUGAAAUUGCCAUGUAAAUCCAGAAUGGGUAGCUGUGUUGUAAGGAUAAUCCUCCCCUUAAUUCAUGACUAAUUUCUGUUUCUCUUUGCA